GUACAUGUGUAGGUACGGUACAUAUCUUCUUGUAGAUGGCAUCGGUGCACGGUCUCGACUGGUCUCGACUAGCCUUUAUAUGAAUAAAGGUGGCCACACGAACACGCGCUACUAGGCACAGCAGCAGGUCAAGCAACUUUGGGAGACGCAGACGACAAGGAACCUUUGCAGACGAUCCGCGCAAUGCUGAAUACCACACAUUCGCCUGACACGACACAAACUCCGCAAACAGGCGCUAACAUUAACUUUUUGCGAAAAUUCAGCGGUAGUUACCGUGCAUUGCCAGUGCUGUAUAAGGAUUAAUGACACAUGUUCACUGAAAUGGCAAUGCGUGGAAUACAUAUUGCUCGAAAAUUCCCACUCAAAAGAUACGCCCAACUCGUCCAAACGGAGAACAACGCUACAGCCUCUGCACCAUGCACUGGAGACUGGAAAGUCAUAACCAGCACGGAUGACAAUCCACUGUGCUUGUCCCUCGCAGAGAACGACAUGGUGCUCAUUCAUCAAGGAAAUGAGACAUACGAAUGCAUAUUCUUGAUCAACUCUAAGGAGUGGAUACGAGGCUUUCACAAAGGUGAUAGCUUCCUAAUUGUCUGCAGAUUCAAUGAAGAUAAGGAGAGGAGGUUUAGGAUACAGUUUGAAAAGUUUGGCGACAAGUCUGCCUCAGAGCAGUGCCAACGAUGCGUCAACAUGUUGUGUGAGCAUUUUCCUUUCCGGGAUCCAUCAGAGAUGACGGUGCUGACGACCCAGCCAUCCAUGAGCAAAAACAACAUUUACGACCAGAUGUACGCCCAAUCUUUUGAAAUGCAGGAGACAUUAGAGGAAUUUGUCAGACUCUGCCUCCAAGACCCGAUGUUUUCUCAGUUUGUCGCUCAAGUUGGAAAGGCCAUGGAUACAGUUCUCAAUGAUUCAGCCUCACAACAGCCAAGUUAAAUCUCGACGCACAAUAUUUCAGUACAUCUCUUCAAGAUGAAGCAUCUUAGUGUAACCUACAUUAUGGUCAGAGUUACCUGAAACUGUG